ACGAGUCAACCAAGGCAAAACCCAUCCUCAUUUGUUCAUCAACGCCACGAAAUAUUAGUUGCAUUUCGCCUUUGGACUCGAUCAGUUGCGUCUUAUCGUAACUGCAGUCAUAACAUACGCAAGCAGAAAGCAAACUAUGACUUGCCGUGGACCAGGCUACGCUUCGCCGUUAAAGGCAUUUAAAUCCGGAGCCGUGGAAAAAAUCGUAUACAUUCCUUGCAUCGUUCCAGAUGGAAGCCGAUCCGAUUAUUUGGUGACCGUAGACGUUGAUCCCAACAGCCCCAACUACUCUAAGGUCAUUCAUCGAUUGAUGAUGCCAAAUCAGGGUGAUGAGCUACACCACAGCGGAUGGAACGCCUGCUCUAGCUGCCAUGAUGACCCCAAAAGAUCCCGAAAAUAUCUGAUCUUGCCGAGCCUUAAUACCAAUCGCAUCUACGUGGUGGACGUUUUGAGCGACCCUUUAGCUCCUAAGAUUUUCAAAGCAGUGGAACCCGAGAGUUUAUUGGCCCGCCAAUGCUCUGCUCCGCAUACUACACAUUGCUUGGCUGAUGGGAACAUCAUGAUAUCAACCAUGGGGAAUGGCGUUGAAGGAGAAGCCAAAGGGGAUUUCAUACUUCUAGAUGGCCAAACAUUCGAGGUGGCAGACACGUACACUGUCGGCGAAGAUCGAGCAGCGUUUGGAUAUGAUUUUUGGUAUCAACCUUAUCACAAUGUGAUGAUCAGCACUGAAUAUGGAGCACCCAAAUUCUUCAUGAAAGGAUUUGAUCCGGCUCAUGUCCAGGAUCAAGGCUAUGGCCGGUUUCUCAAUAUCUUCAAUUGGUCUGAGCGGAAGCUUACUCAGAAACUUGAUCUUGGGCCCGAUGGAUUUCUUCCCUUAGAAGUUAGAUUUCUUCAUGAUCCUAAAGCGGAUCAGGGUUUUGUGGGAUGUGCUUUGAAUGCCAACGUAUUUCGUUUCUUCAAAACCAACGAAGGCACGUGGGACGCCGAAAAGGUGAUAGACGUUCCAGCUAAGACGGUGUCUAACUGGAUCCUGCCCGAGAUGCCGGGUAUCAUGACUGAUAUCAUCAUAUCUAUGGAUGACAAGUUUUUGUAUUUCUCCAAUUGGAUUCACGGGGAUAUUCGUCAAUAUGACAUUUCUGACACUCGUAAACCGAAACUGGUUGGCCAAAUUUUUCUUGGUGGGUCAAUCGUGAAUGGUGGAAAAGUUAUCGUGACCAAAGAUGAGGAAUUAACGGAUCAACCCGAGGCAGUGAAAAUAAAGGGCAAAGAGUGCAGGGGUGGGCCGCAAAUGCUGCAAUUGAGUCUGGAUGGUAAACGUUUGUAUGUCACUACGUCUCUCUUGAGCGCUUGGGAUAAGCAGUUCUAUCCGGAGAUGGUCAGGAAAGGAGGGAUGUUUUAUCAAGUGGACGUGGAUACCGAUCAAGGUGGGCUGUGUUUGAACCCGGAGUUCUUGAUUGACUUUGGCGAUGAACCUGACGGUCCUGUGUUGGCCCAUGAAGUCCGCUAUCCCGGCGGAGAUUGUACCUCGGACAUUUAUGUGGCCUAAGUGAAUUCAGACAUGGCUAAUCCAAUUCACACUCAUCGUAAUUUUCAUUCAAUUCCAUGGAUUUGAUAUGAACUCACGAAUUCCCUUACAAAUUAGGUUUUAAUUUAUUUUUUUAUUACGUUAUAUAUCAGAUUUUUGUAUCGUUUUGAUUUGCUUUAUUCCUUUCACCUUUCGGUAAUGACUCAUAUACACUUGACUAAUUUCUUUGAACGGAAAUAGAAUACAUGUGUUAUAAAACUUA